CCAUCCGGCGCCGCCGUGACGCCUCAGCGGCCGCCGCCGCCGCGCCCGCAGCCCAGAGCGGCCCUGCCCUGCCCGGCCCCGCGCCCGGCCCCGCCGCCCUGCCGUGGGUAGCGGGAGGCUGCCCCGGGAAAGCCCGAGCGGGCCGAGGGGAGGCGGGGGCGGCGAGAGCGCUCGGCGUCUCGCUGGCCGUAGGUCGAGCCGCGAGUCAGCACUGCCCCUUUUUGUUUCGGUGUCGCAGGGCAGGAUGGCAUCGGUUGAAAAGGAGGCGCUGUCCCAAGAGGAACUCCGGAAAAGGCUGUAUCAGACUUUUAAGAGCCGAGGCGUACUGGACACACUUAAGACACACCUCCGAAACCAGCUUGUCCAUGAACUAAUGCACCCAAUUUUGAGUGGAGAGCUUCAGCCACAGAUGGUUCCAAGUGAAGACAGUUCCCUUUUGAUCACUGCUUCCAACAGUUUGGUGGCAGAUCAUCUAGAGAGAUGUGGCUACGAGUAUUCACUUUCUGUUUUCUUUCCAGAGAGUGGAUUAGAGAAGAAGAAGCUGUGGACUGUGCAAGAUCUUCUUCAAUUAAUGAGGAUCAAUCCAGAAUCCAGUCUUUACAAAUCACUGACUUCAGGAACUCGGAAGAAAAAUAAAGGUUUCCUUAUGCAAAUUUUAAUUGGACUUACUGAACAUCAUCUGAACAGGGAAACUCACAACACAGAAACUCAGACAACCUCUGUGCCUCCUUACAGAGAGUCUCUUGCUGAGAAGCUUCAGCUGAUUGAUGAACAGUUUGCAGACUCCUAUCCCCUGCAUCAGAAAUAUGAAUCUUUAGAAGUAAAACUUAAUGAGUAUAGAAAAGAAAUAGAGAAGCAGCUUCAAGAAGAAAUGCAUCAAAAGGUUCAACAUUUUAAAGAAGUUGAAAUAGCAAAGAUUAAAAUGGAGGAGAAAGUGCAGACCCAGAAAGAAAUCUCUGAGCUGCGCCAUGAGUUAGAGAAGACACAUCAAGCAAAGUCUGAAGCCUUGAUUUCUCGUGAAAAGAAUGCUAUUGAGAGGCUUCAAAAGCAGCAAGAGAUAGAAGCAAAGGAAGUGUAUGCUCAGAGACAAAGUCUUUUGAAAGAUAUUGAAGCCGUACGGACCAGGGAGGCAGAACUGAAGCAAAGGAUGGAGGCAUUUGAAAUCACCCAGAAAGUUCAGGAGGAGAAAAAUAAAGCUAUAGAAGAUGCACUUCGGCGUCGUGAGGUUGCUGUGAAGAACAUGGAGGAGACAUAUGACCAAAAGCUGAAGACAGAACUCUUAAAAUACCAGCUUGAAUUAAAAGAAGAACACAUAGCCAGAACCAAUAAAGUUAGUGAAGAUGAGAAAAAAAAUAAAGAGAAAGCUAUGCUUUUGCAAGAAGAAGCCAUUGCUGUUAAUUCAAAAAAGGAGGAACUCAAGCAAGCUAUAUCACGCGCCAAAGAGCUUGAGCUGGACUUGGAGUCAGUGAAGGCCCAGGUUCUAUUGGUAAAUAAACAGAAUCAUUUGUUGACAGAAAAACUGAAAGAGGUAUCAGACUAUCCUUUGCUAAAGGAGGAAAAAGUGGAGCUCCAAGUGCAGAAUAAACUACUUAAGCAACAGUUGGAUGAGACUCGGAGUGAGAACCAGCAUCUUCGAGACAAGCUGUCCCAGCCCUCGGCAGAGUACCUGGCCUGCCAAGUGGAGCUGAGGAGAGUGGAGCAUUCCAUGAAGCUGGUGCUGGAUGAAUAUGAAAGUCAUAAGCAUAUGUUGGAAAAACAGCUACAAAGUGAGAUUGAGCGUUGUUCCCAGUUAAAGGCCCAACUGUUAGACUCUGAGGCUACUGUCAGGAAGUUAAAUAUGCAGGUUGAAGAACUGAAACUGCAAGUGAAGCAAACACAGGCAGCUCUGGAGAAUGAGGUGUAUCGGAACCCAAAGCCGUCGCUCGUCGACCGCUCCGUCCUUGACUUCCUUGGAGACAGGAUGGUGCCCCACGACGUUUACGUGGACGGCGCGUUCCCGAGGAAGCCGCUGCUGCCCGAUGUGGGGACGGCCAGCACCGUGCCAGGUCCUGGCUGUCACCUGCAGCUGCAGCCACGCAGCGCUUCCCCGGACUCUGACCUGGAGUGCAUCGCGCAGGCCCGCGCCAGGGUGAAGGAGCUGGAAAAGGAGGCCGAGUACUUGGAAGAAGCCUACAGGAGUUACCAGCACAGAGUCAUGCUGAAUGCAGCUGCAAACAGAACACCGAGCAAGAUGCAGCCUCCUUCAAUUCUGCAGCGUCCUCUUAGUAGCAACCCUUUGACUGUCCAGCAGGAAUUGCUAGAGCAUAAUCCCAGCUGCCCACAUUCCCCUCUGAGCAGUCCAAGAAGUGAGGAACACAUCAAAAGAACCGGGCAGGUCGAUAUCUUUAAAACUUCCUUCUCGCCACCACACAGAGGAGCAUCUUCAAGGCGCCUUUCUUCUACUCCCAUUUCCAAACCGAAGAAAGACCUCAGUAACAAGAAAAUUCCAGAUGAGAGCAUCAAGAGCUCAUCCCUCACCUCUUCACAGCACAGUGUUGACCAGAUUCUUUCUCCUAUUUCAAAGCCAUGUUUGCUUUCAUCUUCUGAGUCUGUUCCUUCCUCACCAUCCAGUCACGCCCAGAAAAUCAGACUUCAGAGUCAACAAACAGAUGAACAAGAUCUCAGUGAUAUUCACAAACCAGAGGAACUAAGGUAUGAGGAUCUUGAAGAACACAUUUCUACUCUUGAAGAUCAGAGGGACAUACCAGAGGAGUGUGAAAGUGAUGUCUUGCAUCCAUCUGGGGACAUUGUCGAUGGAAACUGUGUCACAGCCCCUGUGCCAGCAACAGCCACUUCACUGCAGGACUUAACGGUGCUGGAUCAAAGGCAGAUUGAAGAACAGAACAAAGAAGUUGAGGAAAACUUAGAAGAAGAAAGGAAAGCGGGAGAAGAAAGGAAAGAGAAAGAACAACAGGAAGCUUUGGAAAGCGAGCAAAAAGAAGUGGAAAAGCUUAACGAAGAGGCGUAUAUCCAAGACUUGAUGAAAACAGAUGAAGAAACAGAAGUUAAAGAGGGAGUAAAAUCUGAGCAUAGUAACACUGCUGCUGAAAAUAAUGGAAAGGAUCCUCCUUCCAAUCCAUUAGAAAAAUACAUGAGAAUAAUUCAGCAGAGCAGAGAGCAGGAACAGGCAAACAAGGAUUCAAAAAAAGAAGAAAUAAGAGAAGGGUCACCUUCAGAAGGACUUCUGUCUACUGAAAAUGAUGACAGUCUUGCAGACAUUUCUCAUGGAGACGUGGAUGAAAGCUUCUGGUGAACAACAGCUACUGUUUUUUAAAUUUUUAUUAUUAUUAUGAGAAAGAUAUUUUUAAAGUAGUUUUGUGCCUUUAAUAAAUGUUAGGCACCAACACUACAGGCUGUGUAAUUAUAAAUUAAUAAAGCAGAUUUUGAUCUGUUUCAUCACUUCAGUCAUUCAUUUCAAACAGGGAGUCCUGAUGUGUUACUAAUCCAGGAGGAAGCCCUUGGGUGGGGUGAGAGAAAGAACAAAGCAGGGAACAGAAGCUGAUCAGUAUGUUUGGGUAGAUUUGUGUUGGCACUGAAUUCCUCUAAACUUUGUCCAUUUUGCCAACCCCCGCCCCCCAACCCCUUCUCCAAAUGGUUCCAAGUGUGGAUGAAAGGAAGAAAAAAUUCUCUCAUCAUUACCUGCUGUCACAUGGAGGCACUUGGCUCACACAGCUUCAGAGCACUGAGUGUGACAGACCCAAAAUAAGGUGUUCCUUCUGCUGCACGGCAGGGGCAGGAGCCACUUUCAAAAGCAGCCCCUCUCAUGUAUCACCUCGUUGGUAUUAACCAGCCCAGAAUGGAGAGAUUAAAAUAAAAAUGCUAUUUAACUCAUCUUUAUUUAAGCUUUGUAUUUUGUAGGUAGAUUAUAGGCAAGAUCAUUAAACUUUAUUUACAGUAUAAAAUACAGUAGUUUUUAUCAAUGAAGUAAUUUUGGGUGGCAGCAUAUAUUACAACUUGCACUGCAUUUGAGGCUGCUCCUCUUGACCUAACUACAAGAACAUGAAGCCGAGUUUGACAGAAUUUAGGGGCAAAAAACCAAAGUUCUGUCUUGAAUUUGCUGGAUGUUUAAACACAAUGUACCAAAACUGUGACAGAUACAAACUUUGCUUUUUGAAAUGAAGCUAAAGUGUGAUGAUGUGGUUACUCUGAUUUUGCAUGUUGCUUAAUUUGCCGUUGCAGCCACUCUGGCCUUUACAGAAUCUCUGAGUGACUGCUCCAGUUGGAUUUUGGGAAGGGGUAGUGCUUGUUGCAUUAUGCUGGCCUGGAACAACUACCACUACUGCAUGCUGCACACAACUGCUGCUGCAGCUGCACCUGCAGAGCAGCCCUGCCCCGUGCAGGAGGGCAGGGAGCUCUGGAACAGAAUGUGUUUCACCUCAGCUAGAGACAUAAAGCCUAGAGAUGCACUGCCAUGGAGUAACUGUAGGUCUGGGUUCAAAUAAGCAUACACAAGUGUUGUCUAUUAUCUACAAAUAUUUAUUUUAACACUUGGAUGUAACUACAGGAAGCCCUUGGCACUGAUAGAAAAUAUUGAUUCACUGUUAGGUUACAAAAAUUUAUACAUAGCAAAAUUUAAUGCUCUUUACAUAAAAAUAUUAGACUACUUAAACAAAACUUCAAAAACUCCCAGUAAUAGCUACACUGAAUUAGAAAAGAAUUAGGCUUUAAGACACUGCCUCCAUUAUUACCCUUAUGCAAACACUGGGCUAGAACAUCACCUGCAUUGCUGUAGAAAUGUCUCCUUCAUGCAACAGGUAAGAACAUACACUAGGCUAUUUUGUCAUAUUUGCUCUACAUCAAUCAACUUUGCCCCUUUUUUGAAACUGUCAAAUUAGACUUCAAUAGUUAACAAAAGAAAUUAUAUUUGAAGUUAAUACCCCCCAAAAAAUGCCUUUUCUCUUAAUACUGAUUUGAAGGAAUUUGUGCUUCCUUUGAUGUAUAUUCAGCAACCAGUCAAAACUACCAAACCACACGUCAGCUUAGCAGGGGUAUGACUUGAAUAUUUAAUUUUUUUCAAAUGAAUGAUCUAUUUUUACUUUUCCCCCCCAACAUUUAUAUAUAUAUAUAUAUAUAUCAUAUA